GCUCCCAAUGAUGAAAUGGCCUCUGCGGCUGCACCGGGAGAGAAGUCUCUACUUACUGUAAAAGUGGUGUCGGCAAAGCCCAAGGUGCAUGGCCGCCAGUCUCGGGUCAACUUCUUUGUGGAGGUGGCAGCCGAUGGGCUCAGCAGUGAGACCAAGAAAACGGGGAAACGGAUUGGGAGCUCCGAGGUGCUCUGGAACGAAAGCCUCAUGCUGAACGUCACGGCCCAGAGCCACCUCGACGUGAAGCUGUGGAGCUGCCACACCCUCCGGAAUGAGCUGCUUGGCACGGCCUCCGUCAGCCUCUCCAGCCUGCAGCAGCAGCAGCGCAAGGGGAAAGGGGGGAACAAGCCGCUGGGCCUGGCCCUGCAAAUGGAGCAGAAAGGCAGCCUGGUCUCCGGAGGGGAGGUGGCCGUCUUCCUGGAGGGGCCUGCCAUCGAGGGGUGCAGCGUGCCCAAUGGCAGCCUCGUGGCAGAGGGGUGCCCACCAAGCGACAGGGAGCCUCCGGGGGGCGUGGCUUCCUCCUCGCCAGAGGGCCGGAGCCAGACCCCUCGCACCAGCGGCUUGGGGAACAGGGCCAGGGGCCCCAGACAUGUCGCUGGAGGGACCGGGCAGAGCCUGGCGAAUGAGGGACAGAGCCCCAGAGCUGGACACUCACAGCCGGACAAGAGCCAGGCUGGCACAGUGAAUGGCACAGUGGAGAGUCUGCCAGUCCCCCCCCCCGAAGCUGAAGAGGAGCAGCCGGUGGGCCCCGAUCCGAGCCCUGCUUGCGACCCUGCCGCACCAGAGGAGCCGGCCCCACCUCUGGGGCCCAAGGUGUCCCCCCCGGCAGUGCAGGCCCUGGAGACGCUGCCCUCGGGGUGGGAGCAGCGGGAGCUGCCGAACGGGAGAGUAUAUUACGUGGACCACAACACCAAGACCACCACGUGGGAGCGGCCCCUUCCCCCAGGGUGGGAGAAGCGGGUGGAUCCGCGGGGCAGGCGCUACUACGUGGACCACAACACCCGCACCACCACCUGGCAGCGCCCCACCGCGGAGUACGUGCGCAACUACCAACAGUGGCAGAGCCAGCGCAGCCAGCUCCAGGGGGCCAUGCAGCAGUUCAGCCAGAGGUUCCUCUACCAGUCUUCGGGUGCCCCCUCCGACAAUGACCCGCUCGGCCCCCUUCCUCCUGGCUGGGAAAAGCGGCAGGACAACGGGCGAGGCUACUUUGUGAAUCACAACACCCGCACCACACAAUGGGAGGAUCCCCGCACCCAGGGGAUGAUCCAGGAACCGGCACUGCCGCCCGGCUGGGAGAUGAAGUACACGAGCGAAGGGGUGUGCUACUUUGUGGACCACAACACUCGCACGACCACCUUCAAAGACCCCCGUCCUGGAUUCGAGUCUGGGAGCAAGCAAGGGGGCUCCCCAGGUGCCUACGACCGAAGCUUCCGCUGGAAAUACCACCAGUUCCGCUUCCUUUGUCAUUCCAACGCGCUGCCCAGCCACGUCAAGAUCAGCGUCUCACGGCAGACGCUCUUUGAAGACUCCUUCCAGCAGAUCAUGAACAUGAAGCCGUAUGACCUCCGCCGCCGGCUGUACAUCAUCAUGCGUGGGGAGGAGGGCCUGGAUUACGGGGGGAUUGCCCGGGAGUGGUUCUUCCUCCUCUCCCACGAGGUGCUGAACCCCAUGUACUGCCUCUUUGAGUACGCGGGCAAGAACAACUACUGCCUCCAGAUCAACCCCGCCUCCUCCAUCAACCCCGACCACCUCACCUACUUCCGCUUCAUUGGCCGGUUCAUCGCCAUGGCUCUGUACCAUGGCAAGUUCAUCGACACGGGCUUCACGCUGCCCUUCUACAAGCGGAUGCUGAACAAGCGGCCCACCCUGAAGGACCUGGAGUCCAUCGACCCCGAGUUCUACAACUCCAUUAUGUGGAUCAAAGAGAACAACCUCGAGGAGUGUGGCCUGGAGCUCUACUUCAUCCAAGACAUGGAGAUCUUGGGCCAGGUGACCACCCAUGAGCUGAAAGAGGGGGGAGAGAGCCUCCGGGUCACCGAGGAGAACAAGGAGGAGUACAUCAUGCUGCUGACAGACUGGCGAUUCACUCGCGGGGUGGAGGAGCAGACCAAGGCCUUCCUGGAUGGCUUCAACGAGGUGGCCCCUCUGGAGUGGCUGCGCUACUUUGACGAGAAGGAGCUGGAGCUGAUGCUGUGCGGCAUGCAAGAGAUAGACUUGAGCGACUGGCAGAAGAACACCAUCUACCGGCACUACAGCAAAAACAGCAAGCAGGUCCAGUGGUUCUGGCAGGUGGUCAAGGAGAUGGACAAUGAGAAGAGAAUCCGGCUGCUGCAGUUUGUGACUGGGACGUGCCGCCUGCCCGUGGGCGGCUUUGCAGAGCUGAUUGGCAGCAACGGGCCUCAGAAGUUUUGCAUUGACAAAGUGGGCAAGGAGACGUGGCUGCCCCGGAGCCACACGUGCUUCAACCGGCUGGACCUGCCGCCCUACAAGAGCAUCGAGCAGCUGAAAGAGAAGCUCCUCUACGCCAUCGAGGAGACGGAGGGCUUCGGGCAGGAGUGAGGGGGG